UUGUUUUACAUUCAGUCGAUCUCUUCUUGAUUUUCAUCUUUGACCUGAUCGAAACACCGAUGGUACCGCCGCCGGCAACUUCUUCCAACCCCCAACAGAUCCAGCAGUUCCUCAACUCAGUUCUCUCGCAGCGUGGGCCUUCAGCUCUCCCCUACGUCGAGGACACUAAAUGGCUGAUCCGUCAGCACCUCGUCACCCUCAUGUCUCAUUUCCCCUCUCUUGAGCCGAAGACCUCGUCCUUCACCCACAACGACGGCCGAUCGGCCAACCUCCUCCAAGUCGACGGCACCAUCCCCAUGUUCUAUAUGAGCGUCACCUACAAUAUCCCUAUCAUCAUCUGGCUCAUGGAAUCUUACCCUCGCCACGCCCCUUGUGUCUACCUCAAUCCCACUCGCGAUAUGAUUAUCAAGCGCCCGCAUUCCCAUGUCUCCCCCUCCGGCCUCGUCUCCAUUCCCUACCUCCAGAAUUGGAUUCACCCCAGCUCCAAUCUUGUUGAUUUGGUCCACAAUUUGAGCGCUACGUUUGCCCGCGACCCCCCUCUUUACUCCCAGCGCGUUCCUAACCCUAACCCUAACCCUAACCCUAACCCUCCUCUCAAUCCCUCUGGCUCUAUCAAUUCUUCAAUUUCAUCGAGUUACGGAUCGGUGGGGCGUUCCCCUGUGAUGCAACAGCCUCCCAGGGCUCAACAGUACCCAGCAUCACCUUAUGGAAGGGUGCGGACUCAAACAGAGGAUGCGGCGGAGGUCUACAGGAAGAACGCAGUGAAUAAAUUGGUGGAGAUGGUCCAUGGCGACACAACUGGCGUGAGGAAGGCAAGGGAGGCAGAGAUGGAGGCGUUGUUCAGCACACAGGCAGUUCUAAGGAGGAGGGAGGAGGAUAUCAAUAGAGGGUUGAAGGAGAUGCAGGACGAGAAGGAGAGCUUGGAGCAGCAACUGCAGGUUGUCUUGAUGAACACGGACAUAUUGGAUUCCUGGGUGAGAGACAACAAGGAGAAGACCAAGAAAUGGGGGGAUUUAGAUGUUGAUAAUGCAUUUGAAUGCAUGGACCUGCUUUCUAAGCAAAUGUUGGAAAGCACAGCGGCAGAUUUGGCUAUUGAGGAUGCGGUAUAUUCAUUGGAUAAGGCUUUGCAGGAGGGAACGGUUCCAUUUGAUCAGUAUUUAAGGAAUGUGAGGUUGUUGUCAAGAGAACAGUUUUUCCAACGGGCCACAGCUGCUAAAGUUAGGGCAGUACAGAUGCAAGCUCAGGUUGCUAGCCUGACUGCUAGGAUACAACAGUUUAUCGCAUAACAUUUUACAUUUUAGGAUCGUGUGACUUGUGUCUGAGGAUUCUCUAGUUGGAGGUUAGCUCUAGUGAAAUUAUCAACAAAACUUAUGUUCUCUCACUAUAUAGCUCUUUUUUUUUUUUUUUUUCUUUCCUUAUCUGUUUUAUGUUGCUCUUCUUCAAUCUAUAUCCAUAUAGGAAAUAUAGCAUUUUGUUGAUAAUAAUGUAUAUUGAGGUAGUUGAUAUCAACAGUUGAAAUUCAUAU